AUGAUCAAACAUUCACAUAAUUAUAAUCAGGAAUUCCUUAAUGAGAUUAACCCUAAAACAAACAAACACCCGGCUCACAUAUACACUUCAAAAUUUAUCAACACUCAAGAGAUCGUGGAUGAGCUAGCACUAGUCAGCAUACCUGUGGACGCAGAAGUUCCUGAUGACUGUUGA